AUGGCCCAGGGCACGGGCCUUGGUAGAGUCGUGCCACUCUCUGAGCAGGCUCAGAGAGUAUGGGUCGGGAGAUGGGGUUGCUGUGCGGGCUUUGGGCGUGACGUGGCACUUUGCAUCCCACUCCGACAGAAAUUCAUCCACCACGGCGUCCGGAUUCUCCCAGUCUGCGCGGCGGGAUGCCCCACUCCGACGACCACCGUUGAAGACACGUCGCCCUCCUGCUGCAUAAGCGCGGCUCCCCCAUCGGCCGAGGCACAUUCGCCAACGUUGCCGCCCCAUCACAAAACGGGUCGGCGAUGUUCCUCCGUGGGUGCGGAGGAGCGCCUAUUGGAGUUUGGUCAAAACCUGAUAAGGGAGUACGAGAAGGGAGGUGGCGGAAGCGGCGAAGAGAAGGGGCGCUACAACAUGAUCGCCCACUUGUAUGAUUCUACUGACCCGGUGACCGGAACGAGUAUGUCCGAAGAGAUGCUCGUGUCCAUGUGUGUCACAUACAUCAUCGCCGGCACAGACACCACCGGGACCACCCUGUCGUGGCUGAUGUGGGCGCUUGCGAGCCACCCGCACGUCUACGACACGCUCCGCGCCGAGCUCAUCGCAGCUUUCCCCGAUCCCGGCGCGUUCCCCGACCUGGCGUCGCUCCGGAAACUGCUCUACCUGACCGCC